AUAUCACAUGAAGGAUUUAUGGUCUACUGACCUCAUAUUCUCAUUUUCUGAAUCUAUGUUUAUUAUUCUUUCAAAACUUUAUUAAUAUAUAUCUCCACUUGACCCUAACAUGGCAAGAAUGAAUGUGCCAGUAGAUAGCAUUACUGUGUUGAGGUGUCCCACUGUCUCAGUUUGAUUUGAUCCAUAUAUAUAUGAAUCUCUCAAUUCACAUCAAUUUGGACCAUCCAAAUCUGUUUUCCUGAUCAGAUUCAUUUUAUCAUUUUAUAUCAAAUUGGGCUGGAUUUGGGAUUCGGCCCAUCUAUCUGUCUUCUACAACGUUUUUUAUCUAUGUUUGGAUCCAUUAAGGAAUAGACAGACUCUAACGAAAACCCACGAGUGAAGUCACCGCAUGGACAGACUCUAACGUACGCGGGUGGCGCACGAUGAUAACCAGCGCCUUCUCUGAUAUCCCGAAUUCCCGAUCCCCAUCUACACCUUUCUGGAGCCCAAUUUUGCUGAUAAAAAGUUCAAUUUUGUCUUUCCCAUUUACAAAUUUUCAGUAAGCUAUUUUCUCAGUGUCAAUUGUAUCAAUGGUGGGAUUAAGCAUGGAGGAGAUGUCUCUACCCGUUCUUUUCGAGCAGGCUCGGAAAAUUCACCAAGCCGCAUCAGAUUCCUCCGUCGAUCAGGAUGCACUGACUAAAGGCUGCGAGCUGCUGAGCAAAUGCGAGGAGAUGAUCGGAAAACUAGGGUUGUUCUCGGCGAAUGAGACGAAGGAUGAUAUCAGCACCGCUAAGCUCAAAUAUCUUCUCGUUCCAUAUUACCUUGGUGAACUCACGGAGAAAAUGGAGAAAAUUGCUCGUGACGAUAUGAUUCAAGUUCUGAAAGCUUCGCAAGCCAAGUUAAAGCUGGAGAAGGCAGAAGUACAAUAUUUAUUACAAGCUCGGAGAACCUUAAAGCCUACAGUUACAUAAGGAGUUUAUAUCUUUCUGUGAGGCAAUGGAACUCGUACCAGAAGAGGAGCUAGAAUCAUCUGCACGAGCAACGGCUAGUACAUCUACUGAUAGGAGAGCUCAGAAGAUUGCUCGGUUUAAAAGACAGAAAGCUGCUGAGUCAAAGCUGCUCGAAAUAAGAGAACGAAAAGAACGUCGUGGGAGGUCCACCAAGGCUUCCACGUUAUCUACUCGUAUUGAGGUUGGAGAAGAAGAUAAUGAGGAUGAUGAUGGAGAAGAAGAAAGGGAGGCAUGGCUAACUACCAUCUCGUUGGCACUUUGCAAGGCAUUUGAUUUGCUUGAAAUGCUGAAGAAAGAAGAAGAAAUGCUUUUAGCUAUUAAGGAACGGCAGUCUCAGGAAGGGGAAAAUGAAAUCUCACAGUCUAUUCUGGAUGAGCGCGCUAAGAAAGCUGAAGCCUGGCACCGUGAUGCUGCCUCAAGGGCCCGUUUUACAAAACCCGCUGCCCCAAUCACAUGUGCCAGUUUUGCUCAGGAUGUUCUAGAAGGUCGAGCCCAGGUGUCGCAAGCUCAUGAACACAAGCACCAGCCCAUGAUAUUUGGACCCGCAAGCCUCGUGGGCAAAAACCCGACCAGCAACAGGGAGAAAAUUGCUGCUCAAGUCUUCCAACCUCACUACAGAUUGCCGACGAUGAGCAUAGAGGCAGCGGGUUUGAAGGAAAUGGAGAUAAUGAACAAAUGGCAAGAAAGAAAUGCGAAGCUAAUGGAAGAAGCUAACUCGUCUUGGUACAAUGACAACAGGCAAUCAAGACCAAGCCAGGAUGAUGAUGAUGAUGAUGAUGAUGAUGAUGAUGCACAAGAAAAGGCGAGAGCUUGGGACGACUGGAAAGACGAAAACCCACGUGGUGCGGGCAAUAAGAAGCUCACUCCUUGUGGCUAAUUCUUAAUAAAAUUGGAAUUAUGUAAUUUCUCAUUGUACUUCUGUCAAAAAUAUCAUUUGCUAUAUGAAUUGGUGUGGCAGUUUUCGGACUGCAUAGUGUAGGUGUUGCAGGUGAAUAUUGUAUUGAGUUUUAAUAUCGUGUGAUAAAUUAAUUUUAU